CGGACUCAAAAUAAACCCAAAGCUGGUCUGCGGUGCUAAUGAGGCUUCCUUAUACCUCAUGAUGGAUCUUCCGUGUGUCCAGUGGCAAGAUCACGUUGCACAGAAAUGGACUGGACUCGCCCCCGAGUUAAAGGAGCAUUUCACAUCCCUGCUUGAAAUAGAUGAUGUUUUUAAGUGUGCCUUAACUCUGACAACCCAGGAUGAUCUUGAUUUUCUGCAGUCGAUCUCUGCAGGACACUCAGUGCAGAAGGACACAGAGCAAGCAGCCAAAUGCAGGGAGAAGGGUAACUCAAACUUCAAGACCAGAGACUACACUGCAGCCGCUCUCCACUAUUCACAGGGUAUAUGUUUUGCUCCUCAAAGUUCGCAGCAGCUGUCUCUGUGUUAUGCCAACCGCUCGGCUGCGCUCCACCAUCUGCAGCGCUACCAGGAAUGUCUUGAUGAUAUUGACAAAGCCCUGAAGAAUGGCUACCCCUCUCAUCUUUCACACAAACUGGAGGACCGUCGCACACAGUGUCUCAAACACCUCUCUGGAGGUCAAAACGGAAAAGAGGAUCAUCACAAUCUUGCCUCAAAGAAUCACAAAGGUCCAGAUGGGGUCAAAGCACCAUCUGUUGAUUGUCUCACAUGUGGGAUUUGUCCUCAAGCUACUGUUGGCUUCAGCCCGGAGAAAGGUCGACACUUGGUGGCAGCAGAGAGAAUAGCAGCAGGGGAGGUGAUCCUUAAUGACAGGCCGUACAGCUGUGUCCUCAUACCGGGGAUGGAGGAAGAGAAAGGGAAGAGAGGAAUGUUUGGAAUAGAGCACAGGUGCUGUCACAGGUGUCUGACUGACACAUUGUGUCCUGUGCCGUGUGAAGGAUGUAGUUACAGCCGAUACUGUUCAACUGGCUGUCAGCGGGACGCCUGGGAAGAACAUCACUGCUGGGAAUGUGCACUGGGAGCAGAUCUGAUGGUGAUGGGUGUGAUGUCACAGCUCGCUCUGAGGGUCACACUAAAGGCAGGGUUAAAAAACAUCCAAAUGGCCAGGGAACCAAUCAGAGACGAGCACACAAAGUCAGAGCCAGGCUGCCUAAAGAGAGAGUCCAGUGAGUCCUAUUCAUGUCGUACAAAUCAACCCGAUCCUUCUGCUUCAUACUUCGGUGACUCUUACCUGAGCGUGUUUCACUUACUGCACCACCUAAAUCGCCAUAGCCCUGCUCUGCGUUUCCUGAGUGCUGUUACCGUAGCAACACUCUACCUGAGGCUCAGUAAGGCAGGACCUCCACCUCCAUCUUGGGCCCUCAGUGGGCCCUCGGGGACAAACGGGCAAUCACCAGACGAGGAGGGAGGUAACGCACAUUGGAGCACGGAGCUGUGGCUGCUGGGAAGUGCAGUUCUGAGACACAUUCUGCAGCUUAGGUGUAACGCGCAGGCAAUCCUGAUGUUGCAAGAUACAGGAGCAACAAACUCACCAGUGCAGUCCAGCCGGGAAAUCCGCAUUGCUACGGCAAUAUUCCCAACUCUUAGCCUUCUGAAUCACUCCUGUUGUCCCAACACCAGCCUGGCGUUCAGCACCGGAGCUAGUGUUGAUCCCCUCGGAUUAGAUGUGUCUGCAGACUUCGGUGAGAGUGUAGCCGAGCACAGAGGCUCAGCCCGCGGAGUCACUGUAACUGUGAGAGCAGCCAAAGGUAUCACUGCAGGACAAGAGAUUCUGCACUGCUAUGGUCCUCAAAGCAGUAGGAUGGUGACCCAAGAACGCCAGCAUCUCCUGCAGCAGCAGUACUAUUUCCUGUGUCAGUGUGAGGCCUGCACCCUGACCCAAGAGGAGACGGAGGAAGGUGCAGAGGGCGGACAGCAGCGGCCGGGUGUUGGAGGUAGUCAGCGUCAGUCUGGACUCCUGUGUGGCAAGUGCAAAGCAUCUGUCAAAAAAAGCAGUGUGGACAAAGGAACAGGAUUUAUAUGUUCGCAGUCGUCCUGUGGUCACCGUAUAUCUUCGUCUGAAGUGAGCCACAGGCUGCGGGAGAUCAGGGUCGACCUAGAGAAGGCUGUGGACCUGAUGGAGAGAGAGAGGCCAGAUGACGCUCUGAGUCUGUUGAAGAGGGCUCAGUGUCAGUCUGGACUAAUCCUUGCGGAGACACACCCUGUACAAGGGGAGCUGGCAGAUGCAAUGGCCAGAGCAUAUGCUACAAUGGGUGACUGGAAAAAUGCAGCCUCCUAUCUGGAGCGAAGCGCCAUAGCUAUUUGCUCCCAGUACGGAGAGGACAGUAUUGAACUGGGUCAACAACUCUUCAAAUUAGCUCAGCUACACUUCAAUGGUGGUGCCAGAGGCCCGGCCCUCUCCGUCAUCCCCAAGGUCAGACGACUCCUCUGCCUUCACUGUGGCCCUCGCUGCAAUGAAUUACAGGAGCUGCAAGCCAUGGAGGAGUGUCUGCGAUAGUAGCCUUAAAUAAUCACAAGAGUGAACAGUUUUACAAUAUAAUCAGUUUUGUACUCCGGCAAAUAAAACUGAAAUUAUU